AUGUUAAGAUUUACCGCAAGAAACUCAACUAACUUGAGACAAUUCUCAACUAAAUCAAUUUUAUUACAAGGUACUAGAAUUGAAACUGAUGCCUUUGGUGAAAUUGAAGUUCCAAAUGAAAAAUAUUAUGGUGCUCAAACUGCUAGAUCUAAAUCAAAUUUUAAAAUUGGUGGUACAGCUGCUAGAAUGCCAAUUCCCGUUGUUAGAGCUUUCGGUAUUUUAAAAAAAUCUGCUGCUAUUGUCAAUGAACAAUUUGGUACUUUAGAUCCUAAAUUAUCAAAAGCUAUUCAACAAGCUGCUACCGAAGUUAGUGAAGGUAAAUUAGAUGAUCAUUUCCCAUUAGUUGUUUUUCAAACUGGUUCAGGUACUCAAUCAAAUAUGAAUGCAAAUGAAGUUAUUUCAAAUAGAGCUAUUGAAAUUUUAGGUGGUAAAUUAGGUUCUAAAAAACCAGUUCAUCCAAAUGAUCAUUGUAAUAUGUCACAAUCAUCAAAUGAUACUUUCCCAACCGUUAUGCACAUUGCAGCAGUUACUGAAAUAAAAAAUUCAUUAAUUCCAGAAUUAACAAAAUUAAGAGAUGCAAUUCAAGCAAAAUCUGAUGAAUUUAAAGAUAUUAUUAAAAUUGGUAGAACUCAUUUACAAGAUGCUACUCCAUUAACUUUAGGUCAAGAAUUUUCAGGUUAUGCUCAACAAAUUAGUAAUGGUAUUGAAAGAAUUGAAAAAUCUCUACCAAAUUUAUUAUAUUUAGCUCAAGGUGGUACUGCUGUUGGUACUGGUUUAAAUACUAGAAAAGGUUGGGAUGUUAAAAUUGCUGAAGAAGUUUCAAAAUUAACUGGUUUUCCAUUCAAAACUGCUCCAAAUAAAUUUGAAGCUUUAGCUGCUCAUGAUGCUAUUGUUGAAGCCUCAGGUGCUUUGAAUACAAUUGCAGCUUCAUUGUUCAAAAUUGCCAAUGACAUAAGAUACUUGGGUUCAGGCCCAAGAUGUGGUUAUGGUGAAUUAGAAUUACCAUCUAAUGAACCAGGUUCAUCAAUUAUGCCAGGUAAAGUUAACCCAACUCAAUGUGAAGCUUUAACUAUGGUUGCAUCUCAAGUUUUUGGUAAUAAUGCUGCUAUUACUUUUGCAGGUGCUUCAGGUCAAUUUGAAUUAAAUGUUUUUAAACCAGUCAUGAUCGCUAACUUAUUAUCAUCAAUUAGAUUAGUUGCUGAUGGUGCAAAUUCAUUUAGAAUACAUUGUGUUGAAGGUAUUAAAGCUAAUACUGAUAAAAUUAAUAAAUUAUUGUAUGAAUCAUUAAUGUUGGUUACUGCUUUGAAUCCAAAAAUUGGAUAUGAUAUGGCUUCAAAAGUUGCUAAAAACGCACAUGCUAAAGGUUUAACAUUAAAAGAAUCUUGUUUAGAAUUAGGAGCUUUAAAUGAACAAGAAUUUGAUGAAUGGGUUAGACCUGAAAAGAUGAUUGGACCAAAAGAUUAA